ACAACCAUCAUGGCUGACUCGGAAGAUGCGGUGCCGAUGAUCAACGGCAGGUCCAUCGACAGUUUACGUGUUGUUGACCUCAAACAAGAGCUCAAGAAGCGUGGACUGUCAAUAAGUGGCAGUAAGAGUGCUCUAGUGGAGAGAUUGACAGCGCAAAUGUACCUCGAGCGACUACAGCAAGAGUCUGCCGAGGAUGGAUCAGCCAAAAAGCAGAUUGUGGAUGAAUCAGUCGCGUCCAAUUCCUUCAUCCAGCAGUAUCUUCAACAGCGGCAAGAACUGCUUAGGCAGGGGCAGACGGAAAAAGAGCAUGAGCAAGAAGAGCGGGACAGUGAGGAAACUUGUCCCGAAGUGCCAGCGGCCCUCGCCGACCAGGUGGAAGAGCUUCACCAGUCACUUUCCCGGGCGCAGUCCCAAGAGGAGGAUGCCCCAAAGAGGAAGCCGCAGGAACCACCCCCAGCAGCGUCCACCAACGAGAUGGCGGCCGCGGAUUCCACCCAGGAGCUGCCGACGGAGGAGCAGAAGAAGGUGACAGAAGCCGGGACAGACAGGGAGGCAGCAGAGGCGGGUGAAGACAGUACAACCGUGGAGGAUGCUGAGAGAAGCGAGGCUGCUGGAGAACGAAAGGAAGGAGUCCCAGAAGUGACUGCCCAACAGGAGCAGAAAGUCCAGGACCAGGAGAGGAAAGAUGAGCAAAGGGAGGGAGAAGAGACGGAGAAGUCAGAGAAGGCCGGUAAGCCAUCAGAUGACCAGUCUGCCGUGAUGGUGUCUGAAGCACAGCAGGGGGACUCCUCGACAGCGUUUAAGGGUCCUGCGGAAGAGCAGCAGAAGGCCAUGUCUCCGGAGGACAGCAGAGAUGAGAGGGCAUCCAGGGAGGAGGCGGAAACAGAGCCAAUUCCUGAGCCGGUGACAGCCCCCAAGAGAAGCCGACGGUGGUCCUCCAGAUCAUCAGAGAAGGAGGAGAUGGCUGACAGGGUGGAGGGUAGAGGAACCCGAUCAAGUCUGAGGAGGAGUUCCAGGUCGAGGGUGUCCGAGACACAGGAAGAGGAGAAGCCAGUCAAGAAAGAUGACGAGAUGCCAGAAGAAACAACCUCUCUCAAGGCUUCCAAGCAGUCUGGCAACCAGAAACCUGUGACAGAGUCUGAAGCUGCUGACACACAUUCAACAGAUGCAGACAAGAAUGCACAAGGUGCAGAAGAAGUCAAGGAACAAGUCCGGGACAAAGAACCAAAAGAUGAAAAGGCCCAGGAUUCAGAAGAGCCAAUGGAGACAGAGGAUGGUAGCCAGGAGAAGCAAGAACAUCUUGAGGAGGAGACCAAGCCCAAGGAUGAGACUGCCCCAGCUGGUGAGGUGUCGACCACCAUGGAACCGAGCUUGGCAUUGCCAACAGAGAGCCCCAGCGAGGAGCAGGGAAGCAAGGACGAAACCGACCAAGUGGGGCAACCUGUUGCCAUGGAGACAGAGGAAGCUGCAGAGGCAAAGAUUGAUGAAAACACAGACAGCACAGCAACAGAGAAAAUGGAAGUGGCAUCCCAAGAGCAGAAGGUUCUAGCGGAAGACAUUGACAAACCAUCCAAGCCUGCGUCGGUUCCUGUGAAGACGAGGAGGAUUGCCCUGGGCACCUCCAAGGAUAAGGAAGAGGUUCCGGCAGACAGGACCAGCCCCACGGUGACCCCACCUGCACCAACCAGGAAGCGACGAUGGGGGAGCACCAAGAGCCUGACCCAGCAGACCAAGAAACUCAACGUAAACAUCAGCACCGAUAUGCUCAAGGAGAUGAUGCCAGAGAUGAAGCAGACUUCCAUUGACAGUAUCGCUGUGGAAACUGACGACAAGCGCCAGUCAUCGUCCGAGAGUUCUGACGACGACGACGACGACGAUGGCCAACCGCAGCCCAAGCGCAAGGACCCUCCCAUCACUCGCACCAUCACUCAGGCUGUGGCCCGGGAGGAGUCGGCAAGCAGCGAAGGGUCAUCGUCGUCGGAGGAGGGGGAAGAGGAGGCAGCGACAGUCAAGGAGAGUAGACAGGAAGACGAAAAGGAGGACUCGAGUGAGGACGAGGGGGACAAACAGGGCGACGGGUCCAGUGGGGACGAGGACAGCAGUGGCAGCGAGAGCGACGGCAGCAAACAGGAGGACGAGAAGAAAUCCUCGGACGGGGAAAAGGGUGAGGACAAGACCGAGGACACAAAAGAAGACGGGGACGAGCGAGAGAGACGAGCCCGGGAGAAGGCCACCAGGAGAGAGGAGAAAGAAGCCAAGCAGAAGGUCAAGCAGGAGAGAGCCAAGGAAAGAGAUGACAAGGCCAAAGAGACUGCCAAGAAGACCAAGCUGCGUGAGGUGGUGCGAACCUCCAUUGACGACCCCAUCCGAGUCCCUGGCCAGCCAGGCAAGCCUAGCCCCUCCCGCCGGCCCGAGUCCGCCGUGGUCCACGUCACUAACCUGGUGCGGCCCUACACCCUGGGCCAGCUUAAGGAGCUGCUGUGCCGGUCGGGCCAGUUGGAGGCGGAAGACGGGUUCUGGAUCGACAACAUCAAGUCCCACUGCUUCGCUGUGUUCACCUCGGUUGAAGAGGCAGUGGCGUGUAGGGACAGCUUGCAUGGCACCAGAUGGCCCAGUAGUAACCCCAAGAUGCUCCGUGUAGACUUUGCCAGCAAAGAAGAGAUGGACAGACACACAGGCAAGAGCAUCCCCAAGCCCGAGCCUAAACGAGAACCGUCCCCGGCCAAGCGACCCAAACGGGAGCGCAGGGUAUCAGAGAGGGACCACGAGCCAGACAGGGAGCGAGACCGGGACAGGGACCGGGAGAGGGAGAGAGAGCGGGACAGACAGGGGCGACCCCCCAUGAGGGAGUGGGACAGAGACAGGGAGCGCAGCCUGUCCAGGGAGAGGCGGCGCCGGGAACGUGAGAAGCAACGCGCAGAACAGAAAGCCAAAGAAGAAGCAGAAGAACCGCCCGCCAAGCUCCUUGACGACCUGUUCAGAAAGACCAAGUCCACACCGUGCAUCUACUGGCUGCCACUCACUGAGGAACAGAUCGAACAGAGGAUCCUGGAGCAGAAGGCGCGGGCCAAAGAACGGGAAGAGCGGCGGCGCAAAAUGGAGGAGGAGGACCGGGAGAAAGAGCGGGCAGCCCGAGCCCAGGAGCAGCAGCAGCAGCAACAACAGCAGCAGCAGCAGCAGCCGCCGCAGCGCAACAGCGGGCGCCGUCGCAGCCGAAGCCGCUCGCGCAGCAGGGGACGCAGACGCUAAGGGGGUCUUAACGGUGUCUGCGGUUGUGGCUGGGUGCUAGAUGGCUAGAACUGCCGCGGCGGAGGCGUGUAAGUAUGCCCCUUGAUGGUCCAAAAGUCACUUUUGUUUUCUGUGCAGGUGGCUGGGCCUACAUUGCUUAACCCUGCACUGUUUGUCCUGGUAACGUUUUUUGUGUGUGUGUGUUUUGUUGGGGUCGCAUCUUCGCUGCAUGACCUGCUCACAGUUGUAGAUUGUUUGGCUGAUGUCAUUUCUAUUGGCGAUGUGAUGUGGUUGGUAUUUUCUAAUGCCUUUUUCCCCUUCUCACGAUGCGUCAUAUUUUUGUGUGUUUCAUUUUUCAAGUCUUUUGCAUCAUUUAUUUUCUACUGAUGUUUUUUUUACUUACAUCUGCUGUGUCAUGAUCUUUCGCUCAUGCUAACUUUGUCGGCAGGAACGUAGUUAAUUGGCUGGAAUGUGAUUUUUUGCCUGAACACAUGGAAAGGAAAUGGGGUGGAAAAUAAGCACUCUGUGCUCGAAGCUGUGGACUUUUUACUGAAGGUAGUCUUCGCAUAAGCAGUGACCUUUUUGUGUCUUCACUUCCAAAAUACCCCUCUCUGAACGGAACAGUGUAUAUUGGGAUGACAUAUCCAAUUGGUGACCCCUAAAAAUCCGGCUCUUUUGUUCUUGAAACGUGCAAAUAAGCUAGAUUUGAUAUGGCUAAUGUCAGGGACAUUUUUUAACCAACGACCUACACCCUCAUACUCAUCUUGGGCGUAACAUCAACGGUGCACUGGUGAGUGUUUGACACCAAACUCGGCCGCUCGUGGUCGUGGGACCUGUACAUGGCUGACCUCUGUGUUGGAUGUCAAUAGUCCAGACUUUAUUCAGCAGUCUGGUACCGGCAUAGAAAGAACUGUUCAGCGCACAUUUAGCAUGCCACUGCAACAGGCACCCCACCAAAGAAUCCAAAUUGGACUGCACCAUGCAGUGCUGAAACGAACUCACCCGAACCCCCUUUCUAUGGAUCCUCUAGUGUUCAUCAUGCGCAGAGGCCUGUGUAGAUUAAACGCCGCGUGACAUCUCACUGUUGAAAAAAAGCACAAACCUUGCGCUUCCAUACCUUGGAUUAUUUCUGUGUCCGGCAUGGCCCCUCGUUCUGUUUUUUGUUGUCUUUCUGCCCAGACGGCCCCAGGGCAUCUUGUCACUUACCAUUUUUGCCGGCUUCUUUCAAAUCGCAAGUAUUAAUCCCCAGCAUGUGUCUUUUUAAUGAGGGAAUGUCUUCUGUCUGUGACUUCUGGACCACCAAGUUUUGUCUAGUUUUAGGUGUCAUUCUUUUUUUGUACAGAUUCUUUAUGUUUAAAAAAAAAUCCUGUGUUGUGAUUGGACGAAUUCAUUCUUGUUUUCUUUUUAAUUCAUUGAUAGGGUACAUAUAAAGUCAUGUUGAGUUGACUGUUCAAGUGAGGAGCUUUGUGAUUGAUUUGUCUUGAAACGAUUCUGUGUUAGGUUUGUUGGUUGACUCAUCUUUCUGGUCUUGACAAAAACUCUAAAGCAUUUGUUUCAAUAUUUCCAUUCCCUGUCCAAUCUGGAAUGGCGUUUAUUUUUCUGUAAAACGUAAUUAUCAUCAUUCUGACAGUUCGUCAACCACAACAGGCAUUGCUUGAGAUGAACAAAAAUCAAAUCAAACUCGUAGAUAAGAUCAUCAGUGCUGUUUGCAAUUUCCGUCAAAGACAUGAGAGGCGGUUAGGCCGUUUUUGAUGUAUUUUCCAAUGAAAAGAACCACUUUUUAAAGAACCUGUUGUAUUUAACUUGACAUAUGUUGAUGGAUCCCCUAAGUCAGUGACCUUCUGUUUCCAUCCGUUGAAGAUUCAAAUCAUUAGUUUCCUCUUUGACAUCCUGUCAUUCACUUCUUUCUAACCACGUCUUAUUAAAACUACAAGAUUUACUCCUAAAUCCUGUCUUCAGGUACAGAUUUGUUCCUUCAAAGCAUGCUGUCAGAGAAAUUCAUACGAAUCAUUAAAGAAAUGUAAAUAGACGAAAUCAAUUAAAUCAAUCUUUAAUCUCAGAGUUGUUUCUCUGGAAAAAAAACGGGGUUGUAAUUAGAGAAAGGACAGUAAAGUCAUUAGCAUUCAUGAGGUUAGAUUUUUGUCUUGGACUAUGUAACAGCGAGAAAUUAUGCCAGCUGAUCCUUGAAUGGUGAGAAAAAUGUACAAAAUUUGCACGUGUUCAUGUACUUUUUAGCCUUAUAUAGUUGUUUUUAUUUUAGUAGCAGUUUGAAAUAAAGAAGCUAUUUGGUAUUACAAAGGCAAACAUAA